AUGAUCGUUCAAUCGACACCAGUCAUAUUAAAACAACGAAAUCAAGUUAAUCGAGAAUGUCUUUAUGCAUGGUAUCCAGAAGUUGUAACAGAUACAUCAAUAACAACACCAAUGGGACCACGCGAUAUUUAUAUUCAUAAAGGAAUCGACAAAGAUCUUAUACAACAAAAUCUACCAAUAAAUGGAUUAAUCAAUGGUUGUAAUAAUAAUAACAAUAGUAAUAAUGAACUUCUACAACGUUAUGGACAAAGUAUGGUAUCAAGUGAACGCAUCUAUCAUUCAGCAGAAACACUUGAUGAAGCAUUAAGAACACCAUGGGCAUUACAUUAUGAAAUACAACGAAGACCAGCAACACCAAAUCCACCAUCACAUUCUACUAAUACUACACGUGAAGAGAUGCCACGUCGUUUGAAGAGUGCUCCAGUUGUUCGUUCACUUCCACUAGCAUCCAUUCUUACAGUUCCCGAACCACGAUUUAUAACUCCUAUUGUUCCAGUUACAACAAAUGAAAUACCACGAUCACCAUUAUCAACAAUACCUCGAGUUCGAGCUUCAUCAGCUAAAGCACGUCUUAAUACAACAUUUCCUAUUUGUAAUGAAUCAAUAGAUGAUAAUAUAAAACAACAACAUCGAGAAAUUAAAUCAGCUCAAGGUAUUCGAUCAAAUGAUGAAACAAAAUUAUCCGAUGAAGAAAAUCAAAAAAGUUUUACCCUAUUUUAUUCUGAUGGUGUAAUGCAACAGCAACAACAAGAACCACCAUCUACUCCUCCAACACCGCCACUACCUACAAAUGUUUAUAAAAAAUCUGUUAAUUUUUGUCCUCCGAAUGAACUACCAUCAACACCUGUCAAUAAAAAACUUCUUCGUACGAAAAGCGAAUAUAGUUCUAUUCCUCCUAAUUUACAUUAUAUUCAUCGUCCAGGUGUUGUUUCCGUAACAAAUAUUGAUAAACCACCUAUAGUACGAGAAAAUUCAGCAUCUAGAAAAACAAAUAAACAUAAUCGACGACAUCAUCAUCAUCAUCAUCAUCAUCGUGAAAAACGACAUGAACCAUUACUUGCUCUAACACCUAUGUUACAAUCAACAAAAUUACCUGUUGAAUUUGAUGGCAUUAAAUUAAUAUAUGAUUCAUCAUUAACAUUAGAUGAUCCAUCAUUAAAUUUAACAAAAUAUUUUAUUGAAGGACGUCUAUAUUUAAUCAAAGGUCAAUAUUAUAAUGUUUUUGAAAAUAUUGAUCCAAAAAUGAUUGAAAAAUAUAAUGAAAAUUUAACUCUUCCUCAACGUCCAAAAUAUUAUCAAACAAUACCAGUUGAGAAAUUUCAACUACCUAAACCACCACCAGAAUUACAUUAUAAUGCAUCAGAAACAUAUUUUUAUAAUACAUUACCAAAACGUUCACAUCGUUAUGUAGUUGACCCAAACUUUAUUUCAGAAAAUCUUAGUGUUAAUAAAAUCUCUAUGUUAAAACGACCAUUAACACCAACUGUUGUUCAUUCAACAAUUAAUGAUAUCAAUCGGCAACAAAAAACACCAACAACUGUUUAUACUUGA